AUGGCGGCACCUUCCGACUCUCAAAUGGACAAACUCACCUCCGACAUAUUCUCCAUUCUCGAAAACAAUUUCUUAUUCGGUUACGACAAUCCAUCGCAACAAAUCAAAUCACCCACCGGAAAAAUCAGAAUUCUUUCCAUUGAUGGAGGUGGAGCCACCGACGGUAUCUUAGCCGCCAAAUCGAUCCUCCAUCUAGAAUCCUCCCUCCGCCGUAAAUCUGGAAACCCAGAUGCCCACAUUGCAGAUUUCUUCGAUGUUGUUGCAGGAUCAGGAAUCGGUGGUGUUCUAGCCGCUUUACUUUUCACUAAAGGAAAAAAUGAUCGGCCAUUGUUCACCGCCGACGAAGCACUUAAGUUUGUGACGGAGAAUGGGCGGAGACUUUGUCGGUCUUCUAAGCAAGGUCUUCUCCGCCGAAUUUUUCAGUCUCCGGUGAAGGUUUUUGACCGGACGUUUGGAGAUUUGACGUUGAAAGAUACUCUUAAAACGAUUUUGAUCCCGUGCUAUGAUCUUACCAUGGGCGCACCGUUUGUGUUUUCUCGUGCUGAUGCGGUGGAGAUGGACGGAUGUGAUUUCAAGCUGAGUGACGUGUGUGCCGCCACAACCGCUGUUCGUGGACCGGCUAAAACAUUCUCCGUCAACCGGAGAACGAAGAUUGCAGCUGUCGGAGGUGAGGUUGCGAUGAACAACCCAACGGCGGCGGCGAUCACUCACGUCCUAUAUAACAAGCAGGAGUUUCCGUUUUGUAACAGCAUCAACGACCUACUUGUUGUAUCCCUAGGUAACGGAGAGCCGUUAUCUGUUAUGGCCGGCAACCGAACACCGUCGCGAACGGCGUUGGUUAAGAUCGUCGGUGAAGCAGUUUCCGACACGGUUGAUCAAGCGGUAUCAAUGGCAUUUGGACAAUCGCGAACAAGUGGUUACGUACGUAUCCAAGCAAACAAAGGCUUAUUGGAUCUUGAACAACAUAAUAAGGAUGUAAACAUGUUGUUACUAGCAGAUAAAAUGUUAAAACAACAAAACGUGGAAUCGAUACUAUUUCAUGGAAAAAAGUGUAACAGUACGAAUUUAGAGAAGUUAGAUUUAUUCGCAGAUCAUCAUCGGCCACAACACUGUCCACUAUCUCAUCAAGUUAAUCAGUUACUUAAUAGAAGUAUUAACAAAGGUUUGAGGGUGGGCUUAUUAUCACAAGGGUUGAUUUUUUCCCCCUUGUAG